AUUAUGUAAAAAUUAUGUAAAAUUAUAUAAAUAGUUGACUAAAUAUACGAAUAAGAGCAAGAUUCUUUAAUUUUGUUCUUCAAAGGCAUUUAUUUAUCUAAGAAAAUAUUUAUAUGAAUUAAUUGAACUAUGAACGUAUUUCAGGUAUUUUCCGUACAUAAUUUAGCGAAAAUUGCUUUUUGCGGAAGUAUUUUUGUAACAGCUUCAGGAUAUACUUUAAAUUAUUAUAUUGAUAAAAGAAUUCGAAGAACAUUAACAUAUAGAAACGUACUGGAAAUAUUUUAUAAUCAUAAGAAGACUAUUGAACAUUUGGGACAACCGAUAAAAGAAGGAAAAGUAAAACCUGAUCCUAAUAAUGAAUAUAAUGAUAUUAAGAAAUUCAGUCUUUAUGUGAAAGGAAUUAAUACUGAAGGAAAAUUAAAUUGUGAGUAUCAAAUUGAAGCAGACACAAGUGAAACCAAAAUAAAAAAAGUAGAAAUUGAAUUUAAUGAUAUUCCUAAUAAAAUCUUUGUGAUUCAUGAAGUUAAAUAAAUAUAAUAAUGAAAUAUA